UUUUUUUUUUUCCUCUGCUGGCAUAAAGAAUAAGAAAGUGGGCAAAACAAGGCCAAGCCUUCCUAGAGUUGAAGCCCAGAACACACAAGACUCCCCAGGGAGGGGCCCAUCCAAGAUUCGGCUUAUUCCAUGGUGAGUGAGAGGUGCCUAUGCACACACAUGUAGCUGCUCUGGGACUAGAGAGGUCAUCGGAUCCCCAGAGCUGAUGUCACUGAUGGCGGUGAGCCUUAGAGAGGCCUUUGGAUUCCUAGAUCUGACGCUGCAGAUGUUUGUGAGCCUCCAUGUUGGCGCUGGGGACUAAACUCUGGUUCUCUGCAGGAGCAGCAAGCACUCAACCGAUCAGCCAUUUCUCCUGCACCUUUUUUAAGAAUUACGCUUAUUUGCUUGACGGGGGUGGUGAUGCCAUGAUGCACAAGACUGAGGUCAGAAGAUAAGGCUUGGGAGUAAUUCUCUUUCCAUCUUGGUCGCACACAUGGAACUGAGAUCAUCCGACUUGGUGACAAGCCCUCUCUACCCAGUGAGCCAUCCUACUGGCCCCUGGCUUUCACUUUCUAGAAUGUUUCUGUAUUUCAUCCUACUUGAUGCCUUGAUGCUUACUCAUAGUCCAGGAACUCACAUACCAGAGGCUUCUAUAAACGUCUUAUAAACACUAAGUAUCCUCUCAAGGUGACUAUGUGUGCGAGCUGCCCUGUGCAUACCUGGAAGGCUGAAGGAUCCAGUCUGCAGGGAGCAGAAGGCUGGGUGCUUUUUCUGUCAUCGAGCAUGAAGGGCCUGUCCUGCUUUUCAUUGUAGGGUCCUGGUCCCGCUCUGGGUCUUCCUGGUGCAGUAGUCAUGUUCUAUGACAAACACUGUGUCUCCUGCAGGAGGAAGAGUGGUCGAGUCCCAGUACCUGCAAUAUGACAAGAAAACAAAGAAGGUUUCUGUAGCAGCCAAAGGAGAGAAGCCCCCCACCGAGGGAAGGAAGGCCAGCACAGUGCCUUGGAGCAGAGAAGAGAGCAAAGUGAUGGGGACAAGCAACCUGCAGUCUACCAUGCUGGAAGGGCAUGGCUUGAAUCCACCAGACCUAGACCUUUCUGUUAUUGACGACAAAAGCAUGUCCAGGAAGGCUCCCCAGCUAGAAAGGUCAGUGGCAGGAACUGAUAAGUCCACAUCCCUUUUGAGACCUGACCAAAAAAGGACACUUCGAAAGAAAAGACGGGAUCUGCAGGAGACCAUGGACAUGAUGGAGUCGCAGACGCUGCUGAUGACCCUGCUGUCUGUGAAGGUGGAGAACAACCUGGCUCUGCUGGAGGAGAAGGCGGAGAAGGACUUGGCAGCCAUGUGCCAUGAGAAGGAGAGGCUGCAGAGGCAGGCACUGGAGCUGAGGCGUCAGCUGCUUCUCAGACAGAAACAUCAGGAGCUGGCGGCUGCCCUGGAUGCCCAGGCCUGACAGCAAAGGCCUGCCAUCUCAGCUACAUGAAGGGCUGAGGCAGAAGGAUCAUCAGUUCAAGCUCAGCCUGGAGAACUUGGAUGCUUUCUCAAGAAGUAAAAAGAGAGAGGGAUGGAAAUGGAGAAAACUCAGAGUCAAGAAUUCUUACUCAGCAUGUACAAUAACCUGGAUCUGUCCCAGCAACAUGGACACACACAUGCCCACCAAGUUUGCAGCCAAUUUAAACAUUCUACCCUGCCUUACAACUCUUGCUCACUUCCGAAGACACUUAGGUGUCAGAAGCCAUAACAAGGACAAGCUAAUAACUAGCAGGUGAUCAUCCUGAGAUGGCCAGCCUUGGAUUAUUAUAUAAUCUGCAACUGGUUCGCCCUUAUUAAGCAUUCAUUUUAGGAAAGAUUCCUGCUAUUAAAUGUUUUUCCUAUUGUUAUUAUUAAACAUAUAUAGCAAUCAUUAAGUAAUAGCACACCCCUUUGGAGCAGAUCUCUGCAUAUCUACGAAGAUGUACUGUCUGGUAGUGAUGCUAUGUAGACAAAUAGAUGAUUUCUUAAGUCUUAAUGAUGAUCCUAUAAGAAUUCCUAAAAUUAUAUCAGUGAUUAUUAAGCUCUUUUAUACUGGGGCGGCUAUAAAGUCAUUUUUCUGAUAGUCAAAACUGCAAUGAGAACUCUGCCAGUCUCCCAAGUGUCACCAGUUAAUUGCUCUUAGAUGCUAACCAGACUUUCUCCUACUCAGAGCACAUUCCAAGAGGUUGAAAAAUAAUUAACCAAAGGUCAUAAAGAGGGAACUAAUGAUUUAUUAUAGGUGCUAGGACAGAGGAUAAAAUAUUGACUGGGUUUAUCUAUGCAAAACUUCACUAAUAACUUCGUUAUGAAGUGAACCUGUGGAGCUAAGACAGGUGAUGGAUGUUUAGCCAGAUAAUUACUCCUGAUAGAUAUGCAUGCAAAGUCUCUGGUGUAAACUUCUUGUUUGAUUAAUUAUUUGAAUUUUUGUGUAAACUUCUGAUGAACUUUUUACCAUGUGAUCAUGUGUUCUGAAAGAUGUAUAAGUGAUGAGGAUAAAGAGAAGAGUCAGGACUGAGCUGGAGAGGACUGGGCGAAGGAGAACUGAGCUAAGAAGUGUGCUAAGAACUGAGCUGAAUUGAGCUAAGGAGAACUGAGCUAAAAAGAUCUGGGCUGAGAAGAAAUGCAGAGAGGAAUAACUUAGAGACUAUUGGUAAUAUAAGAGAGCGAUGUGCAGAAUGCAGAGGGAAAGAGGAAAAACAAAGAAGCUGCAGAAAGCAGAAGGAGCAGGCAGGCUUCUCCUUACCACAGGACAGAACAGGUACUUUCUUAAUAACAAGGCAGACUUAGUCUUAUUAAAAAGAACAAGCCUUUUUUUCUAACAAACUUGGGCUUAAUUCAAUUAGCAAUAAAAGGGUAGAAGCUAUUUCUUUCUCUAUGUAAUAAAGAUUGGAGCUAAUCUUUCAUCCAGAAUGAGUGAGUUCUUUCUGCACUGGUGCUUGGUCUUUGCUCCAUAUGUGUGUGUAAGAAUGUAAUUGUGAGAAUGCAUGUAAUCUGAGCCCAACUG